AUGGGUACUAUCGAAAGAUAUGGUGCAAUGAAACAAUACGACUAUACCAUCACUAAACCUGAUGAUUGUAUUACUGUCAUCUAUACGAGUGGAAGCUCAGGAUUUCCUAAAGGAGCUAUGAUCUCUGAAAAUGCAUUUAGAAACAAUUUUCCACCGUUAAAUAUAACAUUUCGAAAUGAACGUGUUAAAUUCUGUUACCGACCGCUUGCAUGGGCCACUGAUCGCGAAAGUUCCAUUGCAGUAUUUCUCGGAGGAGGACGCAUAGGAUUUUCAACAGGUGACAUAACUUGUAUAAUGGAAGAACUAGCUCUAGUCAGACCGACCAGUUUUUCUGCUCCACCAACUAUUUGGAAUAAAAUUUAUGCUGAAUAUAAAGCAACCCUUUCAUUGAUGACUAUCAAUCAAUCAACUACUGACGUGACAAUGGUCGAACAGACUCUUCUUCAACAAUUCAGAAAACUAAUUCCGAUCCGAUGUACAGUCCUUUCUAUCGGCGGUGCUAUGGUUAGUUCGACAGUGCUCGAUUUUAUGAAACGUUGUUUUUGGCAUUGUCAAAUAAUGGAAUCAUACGGAACUACUGAGUGCGGUGUAAUUGCAUUUGACAAUCUUAUUGAAAAGACUAUCAUUUAUCGUCUUGAGUCAGUACCAGAAAUGUGUUAUACACUUGAUGAUAAACCAUUUCCACGAGGUGAGCUUUUAGUUAAAACCAAGACAAUGUUUUCAGGAUAUAUGAACAAUCCUGAAGAAACAAAUAUGGCAUUGACUGAUGAUGGAUUUUUUCGUACUGGAGACAUUGUUGAGUUACGCCAUGUGAACGAUGAACAACCAAAUCUACGUGUUAUUGAUCGAAAAAAAAAUUUCUUUAAACUUUCUCAAGGACAAUUUGUAUCACCAGAAUGUCUUCAAGUAAUUUAUAUGCAAAGUCCAUUCGUCGAACAAAUCUAUAUUCAUGGUAAUCCUCUAGAAGAUUCUGUUGUAGCAGUCAUAGUACCAAACAAAGAAUAUGCUCGGGCAUUUACUUUAAAAUAUGAUCUUACUGAAUUAGAUAAUAGUCAUCCAAAUAAAUUAUUUUAUGAUGCCAUCAUGCAAGAUCUACAUUCGUUAGCUACUAAAGAAUCACUUCGAAAACAUGAAAUUCCAUCGAGAUUAAUCAUUGAUUUUGAACCUUUUACACCUGAAAAUGGCUUACUCACAUCAUCAAUGAAGCUUUGUCGUUAUCGAUUGGCUGCUCAUUAUGCCGAUCGACUGAAACCUGUCGAAUCAAUAGAAAAUCGUUUAAAAAGUAUGAUCGAAAGAGCAACAGGGCAUCAAUUGACAGUAGAUCAAGCAACACAUUUUCUAUCAAUCGGUGGUGAUUCAUUGGCUGCUGUGCGUCUUUCUCGUAUGAUAUACGAUGAUCUAGGUGUACCUGUACCAUUCAAUAUACUUUUCGAAUCCAAUAUGACCUUAGACAAUCUAGCAAAUAUAAUUGAAAAUCCGUCACAAAUCUUAUCGUUUCCGGACUCGAUUAUAUCUCAAGUAUUGAACGAUUCCAUACAAGAAUUGAAUAUAAAGAUUGAUGAAAAGAAAAAUGAAAGCAUGUCGUCUUCAACGAUUUUUAUUACGGGAACCACCGGAUUCGUAGGUGCUUUCUUACUAGCUGAAUUAUUGAAAGUGUAUCCGUCCGAGUGCAAAUUCAUUUGCCUUGUCCGAUGUCAAGUGUCGACAAAUCCGUUAGAUCGUAUUCAAGAAAAUAUGAUAUUUCUUCAAUUGUGGAAUGAGGAAUUCCGAGAUCGUAUUGUCGCAUUGCGUGGCGAUCUUGCUCAGAAACAUUUCGGACUCGAUAAUGAAACUUAUUCGGUAUUGGCUAAUCAAAUAGAUACUAUUUUUCAUUGUGGAGCUGCCGUUAAUUUUGUACUUCCUUACAAUAAACUCUACAGCUCGAAUGUUUCCGGCACUCUUGAGGUGAUCCGUCUUGCGACUCAUGCUACUACAUGUAUACCAGUGCAUUACAUAUCAACAAUUAGUGUACUACCUUCAGAAAUGAUACACGAAGCACCUAUUGAUGAAAUUUCUCCUAAUCAUUUGAGAAGCGGUUAUGCACAAAGUAAAUGGGUGGCAGAGAAGCUCAUCGCAAAAGCCAGCCGUUUAGGUCUACCAGUUAACAUCUAUCGGCUUGGAUCGAUUUGGGGAAAUACAGAAACUGGUGCUUGUAAUCACAAUGAUAUUAACACAUUGUUAUUGGCAGCCGUCAUGAAAACAGGCUGCUAUCCAACGACAGCCUUUCAUAUUAAAGUAAAUGGUUUACCAGCUAAUUUAGCUGCUCAAAGUAUUGUAUCUUUGAGUCGUCUUCAACCACCUAUUUAUGGUAAAACGUAUCAUAUUGUUCAAUCAAACGAAGGAAUAGCAUUCCAAAAUAUAAUUGAAAACAUCCAAAAUUGUGGAAUUACACUUGUCAGUGUUUCUUACGACGAAUGGAAAGUCAAGUUAAUAUCACAAUCAACAGCAAAGCGUCCAUUCGAAUCAAUUCUAGAAUUUUUCAAGAACAACCCAUUCGAACGAAUGUCAUUGACAAAGUCCUCGUCUAAUACUAUGUCUCAGUUUACAUUUCCAUCGAUUGAUGAUGUUUAUAUUAGGAAAUGGUUAACAUUUAUAUUAAAUCAUAUUGUACAGUGA